AUGGGCUCAACUAAGAAGCAUCGGGAUCGAAAGCGAAAGCACCGUGCUCGAUCAGAUUCUGAAUCCCGGUCAUCUUCUCCUGUUGAAUCCAAGCGAAGGAAACACAAACAUAAGCAUCAGAAAAAGAGGAAGCGAAAGCAUCAAAGCAGUGAUAGCGGUGAUGAUAAACUAGAUGCAGAGAUUGUAGUGAAAAGGGAAGGGUGCAUCAAGGAGAAGCUUCUUGGUUCAGAUGCAGAAGAAGGAGAAAUUGGUGACGAUUUCAAGUUGCAGGGAUCUCUUGUUCAGCAAAAGCAACCUCCAGAGGAUGAGGAGACCAAGAUCCCUGGUUUGGGAGAUGAUGAUUCAAGCCUUGGUGCAUCUAAAGGAGAUAUUUCACUCUCCAUUGAAGAAACCAACAAGAUACGUGCUAAACUUGGCUUGAAGCCUCUUGAUGAUGCUAGCUUGUCUAAAGAAAAUGAGACUCCAGUGCUUGACUUUGUCCACAAACCUGCUGAAAACCUAGGAGAGAAGGAGAGAGCAAAUAAAUUGCGGGAAAGACUUGCUGAGAGAAGAGAGAGAAGGAGAGUGGAGGAACAGCUACAAACUCUAAAGGGUCUUGGAGAAGCUGUGAGUGAUGAUGAGGAUGUUUCCUCUUGGGUUCAGAAAAAUCGACGCAUCCAAGAAGAGAAAGAAGCUGCUGCCCGACGUGCUAAGGUCAUAGAGGAAAUGGACAGAGAGUUUGGGAUCGGAGAACUUGUUGAAGAUGUGUUUGAGGCUCGGCGCUCAUACACAGCUAAGGACCUCUUGGGUCUCCGGGUGGAACAUGAUCGAGAGAAAGUUGAGGAAGGGAAGGAAAUUAUCCUUACCCUUCAAGACAAAGAUGUCUUGACAGAAGACCCUGAUACACUCAUGAACGUGAACUUGGCCGAAGAUGAGCGACAUGCCAAGAAUGUGGCCAUUCGUUCCAAAAAGCCUGGAUAUGAUGCUUUUGAAGAGAAGGAGGAAGAGGGUGAAGGUGAACCAAGGAAAGGCCAUGAACUUCUAAAAAAAUAUGAUGAAGAGAUAGAAGGUGAGAAAAAGAAGUCUUUUCUUCUUGGUGAUGACAAGGCAGUUGCAGAAGAGAAACAAAGACGAGAAAUACGUAAUAAACUUGAGGAACAGAAAAAGAGAAUUGAAAAUUUGAACACCCUUGCUCCUCGCCUCAUGACAGAGUAUUACACUCCUGAAGAGAUGGCAAAGUUCAAGAAACCCAAAAAGAAAAAGAAAGUGAGAACAAAAAUGCAAAAUCGAAUCUUGUCUGCAGAUGACCUUUUGCCUCUGGCAGAUACAGGCACAAGUGAUCUGGGAUCUCGGAAUCGAAGUCACCAAGGUGCAACAGUUGAAGAGGACAGGGCAAAUGGGCAUUACACAUUGCCUAUGGAUGUUGAUGAUGAAGACUUGCUUGGCCCAACUGAGGACUUAGAGCAUAUCCCACUAGAACCAGAUGAAGCAGAAUUAGAACUCCAAAUGAGCUUGCAUAAAGCAAGGAAGCUGAAGCAAUUGGAUCAACAGCGGCCUGAUGAUAUUGCACAGAAGAUGGAGUUCUCCAAAUUGGAGGGCAUGGAGGUUGAAGGAACUGUAUUUAGUGGAAACUCAAUUGUACUGAAUGCUACUGCAGAAUUUGCUCGUUCUCUUGGGGAUGUGCCUACUUAUGGUCGAUCAGGUAACCGUGGAGAAUUGGAAGAAGAAGAAGAAAAGGAGAGUGAGAUAGAUAGCGAGGAGAGAAGUAGGUGGAGCCAUAUUGGGGAAGGACAGGAGGAGAUGAGUCAAAGUCCAGGUGUGAUGGAUGGGGCUGUUCCAUCAUCUUCCUCUGCCAUCCUGGAAGAGGAACCAGAAGUUGGAACUAGUGUUUUCGCUGCUCUGAAACUGGCUCAGAAGAAAGGUUACCUGGAAACUGAAGUGAAGAAGCAGGUGGGUGUUGGUAGAGUCUCCAUGUUGCGAGCCCAGAACUAUUCCAUCGAAGACAAGACACUUGAUGAGGACCGUUCCCGCCGUGGUGACCGUUUUCAUGGACCUGUCACUGAUUUCAAGGAGAAAGAUAGUUAUAAGCCUGAGGUGAAGCUUGAAUACAUUGAUGACAGUGGCAGACUUCUGACUCCCAAGGAAGCCUUUCGCUAUCUAUCCCACAAAUUUCAUGGAAAAGGUUCUGGAAAGAUGAAGACAGAAAAGAGGAUGAGGAAGGUUGCAGAGCAAUCCUUGGUGAAACAGAUGAGCUCAACUGAUACUCCUCUUGGGACAGUGGAAAAGAUGAUUGAAAAGCAUAAAGAAUCACAAACUCCUUUCAUUGUGCUCAGUGGAUCAAAGCAAAGUGCUGGGGUGGCAACCAUCAUAAAAUAG